CUAAAUAAAGAACUGACCCGACCCACCAAUUAAUCUACACAGUCUCCUCCGCGAGCACAUCGUCCCCGGCCUCUUCGCCAUGAACUACCUCCGCAAGCUCGCCUUUGGCACUAAGGUCGAGACUCUCACUCCCGGCAAAUGCAUCACCGUUACCUCGAGCUUCUCCAAGAAUUUCACUGCUGGUCCCCCCUCCGCAGCCAAGAUCUUCAUCGGCGACGUCGAGAUCACUCGUCCAGAUAUGUUCAACAACGGAUUCCUCGUGAUUCACGGAAUCCAAGGCUACAUCGUGCCUCUCUCCUCGUUCUCCUGUGACGUCGAGCGUCUCAAUUCGCUCACGUUCCCGUUCCAGCAGCCAUAUCGCGUCCCCGUUCCCGGCGGACCGAACCCGAUCUCUCCGCCGCUGGUCCAGCCCGCGGUCAUGCGAUUGAUGAUGCGAGACGCGAUUCUCCGCCUAUGCAACAACGGAUUCAACAUCCUUGCUCUGGCUUAUUUCUGCAAAUGCUAGGAAUGGAACAACGGGGGCUCAAUCGUUCGUCUUCGUGUUGGCAAAACAUGAUUCAGAGUUAACUGCAGUGGGACAUGUUAUACUGGAAGCUCACAAUUCUGUUUCUUUGAUUGGAAUUGCAGACACAGUUAUUAGGUUGUUUGACCCUGGUGGAAUUGGGUUGUUGAGUGAGCCCAUUGUUGUUGGAUCAACUCACAAGCUCUAUUUUCCAUUUGAUCUUAAGGUUGGUGCCAACUACUGUUAUAUUGUGGUGUCUAAGGGAAGUGGAGAUUGUCCCAAUUUUAAAGGGCCGUAUAAGGAUUGGGAAUACUGUGGUAGUGAAAUUCCGGAGGUGGAUGUUGCUGCUAUUUCCAUAAUGCUCUUGGUAGGUGGAAUAGGACAGGAAGAGGGGUUGGUAAAGGAAGGCAUAGGCUAUAGACUUGUUUGGGUUCACCUUCUGGGUUCCGUGCUUGCUGCAAGGCUAGCUGUAAACACAAUGAUGAAGUUACUUCCAUUCAAGAGAUGCUGGUUGUUGUUGAAUAUGAAGAGUUUACAGCUUAGCACAAGAACACUUCAACAGCCUAAUUGCAAUGGAGCUGAGGCCUUCUAUAAAGCUUCAAUUACAUUCUUGAACUCUUGCAAAGAAUUGUCAAUGUUUCAGCAAAUGGUGAUGGAGCAACCUAUGAGCAAUUCUAGAUCGUGCCAAGGAGCAAACAAUAGGCCUUGUAGCUGCUUUUGCUACUGUUUCUCUAUAUGUUCUCAGUCCAUUCCAUUGUCUUCUCAUGUGUCUUUGUUGGUUGUUUGUUACUUGGCUACACUUGAGGACAAGUCUACUCUCAAGGGGUUGGGAGUUGUAACGAACCAAUGUAAGGGUAGGGGUUGUAAUGUGAGUUAGUUUGGGGAGCAAUGUGUAAUUAGUGUGUCAUAUAAAUGGGGCUGUGCUGUAUGGAGAAAGGCAUCGAGAAUCAAUUACAAAAGUCCCUUUGUUCCUUCCCUGCUUUCCUCUCUGCUUCUUCUCCUUUCUUCUUCUCCCCUAAUUCUCUAAUCAAUUCCAUAGUCUGUUCAAUUAACUCGCCGGGAAAGUUCCAGCUUCUCUGGAUCGUACUCCUACAUCAGCAGCGUGAGGUUUCACAUCGUUCUGAACCAACUGUUGACCAUCGCUGACCUGGAGCGACUCACCAUCGGAUGCACUCUGCCGACUCUAGAGAGCGGCCAGUCUCUGGUGGUUACCACAGCGGCGGCCGCCGCUUCUUCUGCAUCCUCCGACUGUGCUCCUAAGUCAGAGAAGGACGGAAGUUGCGCUAUGGUGCCUGUCCCCCCGGUGAAGGCGACGCUCGAGGUGGAAGACAAUCACUAUUGCCUGUGAAUGGAGCCUUAGGUGAAGCAGGAGUAGCAGGAGUGGAGAAGCAGAGUUAUGGCUUUAGGGAUGGAGGCACAUGGAUUUGUCUUCGAUUAGGGUUUUAGUCAAAGGUGGGUAGAUUAAUUGGUGGGUCGGGUUAGUUCUUUAUUUAUGGGUCGGGUUUGGUUAGAGGUUUGGUUAGGUUUGGCUGACAUGGAGGGUUUAAAUGACGUGGCAGGUCGGGUCAGUCAAUUUGUGGGUUAAAAGGUGAUGAUUAGGCGAAUCCGUCAGCCACGUCAUCACUUAACGGACGCUGUUAACGGCGUUGGACGGCAGCUAACGGAGAGUGACCAUAAAUGAACGGUUUUUGUAAAGUUAGUGACCAAAAAUGGAUUUAAAUAUUUCAAGUCACCAAACAUGAACGCUUUUUGUAAUGUUAGUGACCAACCAUGCAAUUAACCCCUUUUAAUAAUGAUAUUAAAAACCAUUAAUAACAAAUGGGCAAGUCACUAAUAAAGAAAUAGACUUUUGUUGAUAAUAAAAAAAACAUUAAUAAACACCUUAAUAACUA